CACAUUCCUGGGCGCCUCGUCACUUCCCCUGUCCUGGCGGCUUCGGCCGCUCUCGGGACAAACUCACUGAGCGAAGCGGCAGGGCCAUGACCUUAGGGGCGCUGCUGCUGCUUCUGGGGGUGCUCGGGGCGCCCCUCGCCCCAGGCGCCCGCGGGUCGGAAGUCGAAGGCCGACUGCGUGAGAAACUUUUCUCGGGCUAUGACAGCUCGGUGCGGCCGGCGCGGGAGGUGGGAGACCGCGUCGGGGUCAGCAUUGGCCUCACCCUGGCGCAGCUCAUCAGCCUGAACGAGAAGGAUGAAGAGAUGAGCACAAAGGUGUACUUAGACCUGGAGUGGACGGACUACAGGCUAAGCUGGGAUCCUGCAGAAUACGAUGGCAUCGAAUCUCUCCGCAUCACCGAUGACUCUGUCUGGCUCCCUGAUGUGGUGCUGCUGAACAACAAUGACGGAAAUUUUGACGUUGCUCUGGACAUCAACGUCGUGGUAUCCUUCGAGGGCUCUGUGCGCUGGCAACCCCCUGGCCUGUACCGCAGCAGCUGCAGCAUCCAGGUCACCUACUUCCCCUUUGACUGGCAGAACUGCACCAUGGUAUUUAGUUCCUACAGCUAUGACAGCUCGGAGGUCAGCCUGAAGACAGGCCUCGGUCCUGACGGGCAGGAAAGGCAGGAAAUCUACAUUCACGAAGGGACCUUCAUUGAGAAUGGCCAAUGGGAGAUUAUCCACAAACCUUCUAGGUUAAUCCAGCGACCAGGGGACCCCAGAGGAGGGAAGGAGGGCCAUCGAGAGGAAGUCACUUUCUAUCUCAUUAUCCGACGGAAGCCUCUCUUCUACCUGGUCAAUGUCAUUGCCCCGUGCGUCCUCAUCACUGUCCUGGCCAUCUUCGUCUUCUACCUCCCCCCAGACGCAGGAGAGAAGAUGGGGCUCUCGAUUUUCGCCCUGCUGACCCUCACUGUGUUCCUGCUGCUACUGGCAGACAAAGUGCCUGAGACCUCCCUGGCGGUCCCCAUCAUUGUCAAAUAUCUCAUGUUUACCAUGGUCCUCGUCACCGUCUCAGUCAUCCUCAGCGUCGUGGUCCUCAACUUGCACCAUCGAUCACCCCACACCCACCAAAUGCCCUUUUGGGUCCGCCAGAUCUUCAUUCACAAGCUCCCUCCAUGCCUGGGUCUGAAAAGGCCCAAGCCCGAAAGAGACCAACUGCCACAUCACACUUUUACUCCAACAAGUGGCUGGGGCCGAGGAACUGAUGAAUAUUUCAUCCGGAAGCCUCCAAGUGAUUUUCUUUUCCCUAAACUUAACAGGUUUCAGCCUGAAUUAUCUGCCCCGGACCUGCGACGAUUUAUCGAUGGCCCAACCCGGACUGUUGGUCUGCCUCAGGAGCUACGCGAGGUCAUUUCUUCAAUCAGCUACAUCGCCCGACAGCUGCAGGAACAGGAGGACCACGAUGCUCUAAAGGAGGACUGGCAGUUUGUCGCCAUGGUUGUGGAUCGUCUUUUCCUGUGGACAUUCAUCGUUUUCACAAGCGUCGGGACCCUGGUCAUUUUCUUAGAUGCCACGUACCAUUUGCCCCCUCCUGAACCUUUUCCCUGAGGACCGGAGGGCCAUUUUUGCCAACGGUUGCAAGUGCUCUCAAGCUGUGACCACUUAACUCCUGUAAAAAUCUAGUUUCUGGGAAGGCGUUGAAGUGAGACUUGGGCUGGGUAGGUGCCUUAAAUGUACCUGAAAUGUCAUUAUUUAGGGUCUCGUCCUUCUGGGUUUUUUGUUUUUGAGACAGAGUCUCACCCUGUGGUCCAGGCUAGCUGGCAACUACGUAUCCCAGGCUGGCCUCAAACUCACAGCAAUGUUAGUUCCUUAGCCUACCAAAUGUUGGGAUUAUAGGCCUGGUGAGCCAGCGCACUUGGAUUUGGAUUCUUGAAGUUACACUGAAUGUCACAGCUUUGAUCCCUAACAAAAUAGAAUUAUACGCAGUAGAUUGUAAGCCUUUUGAGGACAGGAAAUGUGUUAGCGACUCUAAUGUUCCUAGGAAUGUACACAGGUCCUAGCCCAUAAGUGCUUAAUAUUUAUUUAAUGAAGAGAGGGGGGAUAAUUCUGGAAGGAAAUAUAGAAAAUAUACUGGCUACAACUGAAUGUAAAAAUUGUCUAUUUUUAACUUUCUAUAAUUUAUUUUUUUGUAAUGAUUAUCACCUUUAAACUGAAAAGGUAUUUCUAAAAGGUCUGUAUUUGCAAUGAGAAAACAUUAAAACCAAACCAAAACAAAA